CUAGUCCAGUGUAUUAGAGGAUGCUGGUCCAGUCAUGAGCUAAUUUCAGACCCAACCUCAAUCUGAAAAAAAAGAAAAGAAAAAGGAAAUCAUUUUCAUGCUGAUCAUCCUGCACUGCUGCCUUCAUCCUAUGGAGCUCUCCCUGACUGGACGCACUACACACUUGUACAGGAGAAGCUCAUCGCUGGGUAGUCUUCCAGAUAAUGCCAGGAAAGAAAACAAGGUGAGAACCAGUACGGACAAGUGGAGCGAUCGACCGCCUGUACCAACCUUACUCGGUUAUGAAGUCAUGGAGGAGAGAGCAAAGUUUACGGUCUACAAGGUCUUGGUAAGAAGAGCCCCAGACGAGAGCUGGGUGGUUUUUCGGCGCUACACAGAUUUUGUCAGGCUCAACGACAAGCUCCAAGAGAUGUUUCCCAAAUUCAGACUCUCGUUGCCACCCAAACGUCGCUUCAAAGACAACUAUGACAUGAACUUUUUGGAAGAGAGACAACAGGGCUUGCAGGCAUUCCUCCAGAAUCUGGUCGCUCAGAAAGACAUAACUAACAGUGAGGUAGUGAGAGGGUUCCUGUGCUUGGACGACCCGCCCGGUCCCUUCGAUAGUCUGGAAGAAAGCAAGGUCUACUGCGAGACCCUGGAAGACACCAACCAUCGACUGCAGAGGGAGCUGCAGGACAAAGAGCGGGAAAUCCAUUCGCUUCGACGAAUCUUGGAGGAUCGAGAGCUUCAGAUCAGAAGGCUGGAGAAAACCAAGAAAAGCAUCUGUAAGGAGAUAAGUGGCGUCCAUGCUGUGCGUAGUGAGACCUUGAAGGUCAACGUCUGCACAGAGCAGGAAGUAAGAGGGAUGGACGACGCAAGCAACCAAGACCUCAGUUCCGAGCUCCAGUCAGCAAAAAGGAGCCACGCUGCUUGCUGGAACAGUUCGUCCUAAGAAGACAGCGUGUGUGUGUGUGUGUGUAUGAGUGUCUGAGAGUGUGUGUGAGAUUCACCAGAUCAACAUGUCUUAAGGACCAGGCUUAGACCAUCCAUUGUCUGGCUUCUAGAAAGAUAUAUUUGAAGACAUGGAAAUGAGUUUUGUAAGGUCAACGGAUCUUAAACACCUGGAGAGAAAACGAUCUCUGGUUACGAAGCCACGGCUGUUUUCUUUUUGUUUCUUGAUUUUUUUUUUUUUUCUUGGCUAAAAUAUAUCAGAGACGGCCGAACAGCUGGGAUGAGAAACAAACCGAACUAUUUACAAGGCGAGAAGUGAUGGUGUCUUAGCUGUUACAGAACGCCAGGGUUGAGCAGUGCCUUCUCCGAAUUUGUCGAACAGCACCAUUUUUUAGAAUCGUAUAUCUGAACUCUGCUUUACUGUGUCUCUCGAGAGCUCGACUGCACGUUUGUUUGCGUCUGUAUGGAGGCGUGUGUGUUAGUUCACUUUGCUGUGUGUAAUACGUUGUUGUUUCCGUAGUAACGACGUCUUUAGGGAAUGAAAGCAUUUUUUAACAUCACCAACAGAAACAAAUCUUUUAUGUCCGAUAACAUUAAAUAGAACUAUACACUAGGACCAAUUUUAAAAAACGUAUAGUAUGAAAGGAAUAAAAUCUUUAGGUAUGUGCUGUAUAGGAAACAUCUGGGUUGGACAGCAAGUCCUAGAGUAUAAUAGCAUACACGUGCCUUAUUUAAUACCCUCAAUUCAAAUGGACUACUUGCUGAAAGCAGUAAAAUUCACCCAUUCUUUGUGAUAUAUAUAUAUUUUAUAUCAUAUAUUAUAUUAUUUUCAAUCCAAUGCCACGAUCAUAAUGGUUUCUAAGUUCUAACAUCCACCGUAAUCUUGGACUGUUUAUUUGGAGCCAUUCUCAGCAACGGCAAAUAUUUUUUUCAAUUGAUGAGAACUCCCGUCGAGAAGCAAGACUACCAAGAAAGAUGGAUCAGCCUGGUCUAGAGAGUGAAAGGGGUACCCAGGAAUCACUGGUACCCUGAAGAGCAAGUGUAGCUCAAAAUGAUAAUGGGGUACAAUUCUCGUGCCAAUAGCAACCACCAAUGUCAUCGCACGUGUCAACUUGUAGCUCUCUAAUCCAGCUGCACUGCACUUAGGGAACAUAAACAUGCCAAGAAAGCUAACGAACGCAGCCCUACUUUAAAAAAUUGACAUAACUAAAUUUUAUGACUUGGCUUUUAAAAUCCAUCUGUCAUAAAACAUGUACCAUUCCUAAGAUUGGUCCCAGAGUAAUGCGUAACUGUCGUGGGACCAGCUUUAUUUUAAUGGUCAGUUAUUAUUUGGCCUUUUUCUUUUUGUUUUUAAGGUACAAUGUGUUGGAAAAAAAAGGUGCAUUUCACAAUCCAAAUCUCCUGCAAGCACGUUCAAGCUUGGCAUAAUAUAACUAACCAAUGUGCAUGACUUAUGACUUAAAAUUUUUUUAAAUGAUGGAGUGUGAGUUCAACUCCUGACUACACCACAGACAUCAGUGGCUUGUAAACAGACAGCGAACCCGGGGGUACGGUAUCGUAAUAAAUCCAUGCUCCCGUUUUUUCUCGUCUUUUCCAUUGCCAAGGAACUCUUAUUACUACAUAAUUACAUUUUUUCCAUUCAUUUUUAUGCCUUUAUUUUUUCAUUGACGUUCCAAAAAGUCUAAAACACACUAACUUAAGUAAAACCUAUAUUUUAUUUACAUAGUUUCAAAUAAUGUGAAAGACAAUCACUGACAAACAUCAACUUGACACCUGCGGUUCAAUGGGAGAUUGAAACGGUAAAACAUUAGACAAUCUGGCUAAAUUAAGCUAAGUCACGUAGCACGCUAUUAUAGAUAGAUAGAUGGAUGGAUGGAUGGAUGGAUGGAUGGGUGGGCGGAAGAACGGACAGAUAUAUAUAUUUAUAUUUAUUGCUGUACCUCUACUCUUUGCUACUGGCUGGAUGUCAAGCUGUUGAAUUGUUAUUAUUACAUUGCUAUGGUCUUUAGCUUACACAUCCUGAAGUUGAAGCUAGCUAAUAGGUUAAGCCCAGGGAUGUUUAUCUGGCUCCUUUGUCUCAGAGACUAAACAUUUGGCAUUUGAAGUGGCAGGAAUUAAUCGGGUUGCCUUAAAUGUAAUGAAUGUAAUUCACUCGAGUAAAAAGUGCUUCCUUCUUGGCCACCUCAGUGACUCUGUGCUUUGCGAGGUCUGUAUCCAGUCUCAAUCCUUUGCCAAAAUGUCGUUGAGGUUCAGUUAAAGACUCGAAAUUCUACCAAGACCUGCAUGAAGACCGUUUAUUAUGGGGAGGUGUUAGCUUAGUGAGCCAAUUAGUGAGUCAAUUAGUGAGUUCAAAUCUCAGCCACUGCUGGGGCCCUGAGCAAGGCCCUUAACCCUGCUCUAGGGACUUUCAAUUACAUUUCUUUUUGCCCCCAAUAUUUUACUUUUAUAUUACAUUGCAUUUGGCAGAUCCCCUUAUAGAGAGUGGCUUACAAUUACAACUGAGCAGUUGAUGGUUAAGGGCCCAGCCGUGGCAGCUUCUGAUCCAAAGUCCAGUGCCUUAACCACUUCUCCAAGGCUGCAAUAUUUUGUCAUAGCAUUCCUAACUGUGUCAAAUCACUUCCUGCCUGUAGCCUGUUUUGUCUUGGUCAGUUCAUGUUCUUAUCAUGGUUCUCCCAUAGCCUUAUUGUUUCCUUCCUCCCUUUAACGUGUUCAGCUCCUCAUCUUGCUAUUAUUAAUUGCAGGUCUUCUUCGUGAUCUUCUAUUGUCGGUUAUUUUAUUUCCCCUGUUUGUCUGAAGACAUGUGUAGUUUGGACGCUUUCUGUUUAUUGCAGAGGUUUGUUUUGUACUCGGAUCACAGACAUUCCUGUUUCUGACCUGCAGCACCUGGUUCAUGUAUCCUGUCUUGUUUCUGUCAAAUAAACUUGAAGUGCAUUUAUACCA